AGGGAGGGGGAAAGUCACUUCCUUUAUAUUGGAGGAUGAAGGGGAGCAACUACACUGCUGCUACUUCUGGCUCCUCAUUAUCGUCGUCCGGGAGAAGCAGCUUUUGUUCCGGUUUGGGGAUCAUCAAGGAUUUCCUGAGCAGUGCCGGGAUCCUCUUCUCGUCUCUGGCUAGAGGCUCCACGAGGUUGCUGCCGGGGGCUAGGCAUGAGCCGACGAGCAACAGGACCAGCAGCAGGAGGAGGCGGAGGAGCAUUUCUCCCGAUGACAGGGAAAUGCAUGAACUGGACAGCCACUUGAGCAGGCCUUUUGCCAGCUUUGGUUCCUACAGACAGAGACACGGCGACGAGCUUACAAUCCACAGCGAGCACAAGACCGGAAUGUCAGUAAAAGCACCGGCAAAGUUAGCACCAACAACAGCGACCGAGCAAGCCGCCGCCACCACCACACCUCCCAGGCGCUACCACAGGCAAACCAGCGCCAAGAUGAGCACCUGGAGCACCGAGAUUGACCACGACAGAGAAUGGGAGCGCAGAAAAGGCUUGAUAAACUCGUCAUCCACCAAGAAGAAAGUGGUGGAAAGAUGCGUAUCCGACUGCACGGGCAUGCGCAGUAGCAAUAGCGUCGAGCAUGUCCGCACCAGGAGCUUAACUGAUGCCGAUCUAGACGAGCUGCGGGGAUGCAUUGAUCUGGGAUUUGGAUUCAAGAACGAGGCCGACCCGGAGCUGUGGAAGACGCUGCCGGCACUAGAGCUGUGUUAUGCCAUCACGCAGCAGCUCAAGGAGGUCCAGCGGCCAUCGCCGGUUUCGCCACUCGCAGUUGCUGGAGACUUUUCUUCCGAGAGUGGUGGCGACGACAGCCUCGAGAGCUCUCCCACAUUGUCGUCGUGGCAGAUUGCAAGUCCCGGGGAUCGUCCACAAGAAGUGAAGACGCGACUACGGCAUUGGGCCCGAGCGGUGGCAUGCACCGUGAGGCAGAGCUUGUGAGGCAGGAAGUUGAAAGAAGAAAUCUCUCUAGGAGAUCGAACACUCUCGCUUUACAAGUUUUCUGGAUCGAUCCACAAAGUUCUCAAAAAGUCUCUCAAAAGUUGAAGAACGAAUGAUUCAGCAUGAUUGAUCCAGAAAAAUGCGCUGUGGCACAAAUCGGCUGGUGUUCGCUCUGGAAGACUUAACGCCCGGCCGGAAGAACAAAAUAAAUCGCCUUGUCGUCCACCAAGAUGAUAACAAUAAUAAUAAAAACGCCAUGGAUAUCUGUCCUC